CGUUGAUGUAAUUUCGUGUAGGGAAAUAGCCGGUGCAGAAACCAACGAGAAAGUUGAAAAUGACACGAAGUCGAAGUCCAACCCGCAAUGCAGACAAACACGAGAAAGAUAAGGAUAAGAGCAAAGAUAAAGAUAAAGAGAGGAGACGGAGGUCUUCAUCCAGUAGCUCCUCUGGGAGCAGCAGUGCUCGUUCUGGCAGUCAUUCUAGAUCUAGUUCAUCCAGUUCCAGCUCCAGCGGUAGUUCAAGCAGUGGCAGCUCCAGCUCUGGUAGUAGUUCAAGGUCAUCAUCAAGUUCAUCAUCACGCUCCAGAAGUCGCAAGAGACAAAGAUCUGAGUCUGGAUCACCCAGUAGGAAGAAGAAGGAACGUAGUCCAACCCCAAAGCCAACCAAGGUGCACAUUGGUCGCCUGACACGUAAUGUCAACAAGGAUCACCUGGUGGAAAUAUUCGCAACAUACGGAACAAUAAAAUCCAUCGAUUUCCCAAAUGACAGAAUGCAUCCAAAUUUUGCACGGCCAUUUGCAUACAUUGAAUAUGAAAAGCCUGAAGAGGCUGAAAAAGCAAUAAAGUAUAUGGAUGGAGGUCAGAUUGAUGGCCAGGAGGUCACUGCUGCUGGCAUUUUAGCCCCACGCCCCAAUCGAGGUCCUCGCAGGCAUUCACCCCCUAGAAGAGGGCCGCCUCCAAGAUGGGGUGGAGGAGGAGGCGGAGGAGGAGGAGGAGGUGGAGGAAGGAACUCGCCACCAAGAUAUAACAGAGGAAGGAGAUCUCCCCCACAACGUCGCCCCAAUCGCCGUCGUUCCUGGUCAAGGUCAAGGUCACGCUCUCCAGCACGUAGGAGGAGAUACAGCCGAUCAAGUUCCAGUUCGUCUGGUUCUUCACGAUGAAAAGUAUUUGAAAGGGUCCAGAAA